UAUUUUAAAUAAAAAUAAAAUUGCCAACUAACUAUAUAUAGUGUUAAUAAAAACCUUAAGGUGUUAAGAUCCAAACUAGUUAUCUCAAGUUAUAAAAAAAAAAUAAAAUAAAAUGGAACGUUGGCAAAAUAAAGUAGCUGUUGUGACAGGAGCCAGUUCGGGUAUUGGUUCAGCCAUUGUUAAGGAUCUCAUCAAUAAUGGUUUACAAGUUGUGGGUCUGGCCCGGCGUGUGGAGCGUGUUGAGGAACUUAAAAAGCAAUUACCCGUUAAAUUACAAUCAAAAUUAACCGCCCUUAAAUGUGAUGUUUCCAAUUUGAAAUCGGUUAAUGAAGCAUUCGAUAAAAUUAUAUCAAAAUUUGGUGGUGUAGAUAUUUUAGUAAAUAAUGCGGGUUGCAUGAAAAAUGGCCAACUAUGCCAGGGAAAUCUAGCGGAUAUUGAACAGGUUUUACAAACCAAUGUUAUGGGUGUGGUGUAUUGUACCCAGAGAGCUUUUAAAUCCAUGAAGGAACGUAAUUUUGCUGGUCAUAUUAUAUUAAUUAAUAGCAUUGCCGGUCAUAAAGUCAUAGCUGUGGGUAAUGAGGUACCAGAUCAUAACAUUUAUUCACCUAGCAAAUAUGCCAUUACCGCUAUAACAGAGAUUUAUAGACAAGAAUUUAAGGGUUUGGGUACUAAGAUUAAAAUUACGAGUGUAAGUCCUGGUGCUGUUGACACGGAAAUUAUUCCCGAUAAAAUUAAAGAAUUAAUUGGUGAUGCUUUCUUAAAAUCGGAAGAUAUUUCUCAAGGUGUUUUGUAUGCCAUUUCUACGCCACCACAUGUUCAAAUUCAUGAAAUGACUAUUAAGCCAGUGGGUGAAAUGUUUUAAGAAAAAAAAUUUAUAAUUUGUAAAUAUUUUAUAUUAAUUGUUUUAAAUAAAUAAGUCAAACUAUUUUA